UUAAAAUCAUAGAAAUAUUGCAAAAAAAGGAUUAAAGCGAGUUAUCUGCGGAAUGUAAAAAAUUUUCAGAGACAUUUGAAAGGAGUAAAAUCUUUAAAUGGAAUCCAACACCCCACCGGAUAUUGAGAUGAGUUUCGAGGAAAAGACUGAACAGAUUCUUUGUUCUAUCAAGGAUUUCCUGGAAAAGGAUUUCUACUCCCAGGGAAACAGGAACUGUGAAUCUCUUAUCAUGGCAAUAGAAAAUGUGAAUAUUUCCAGUUUACAGGAGAAAAUAUCAAUCCUGGAAACAUUACUAAGGUUCUAUAUUGAUCAGCAGAAUAUCUGUGAGUCUAGUGAGUUGGAGGAGCUGAAGGAGUACCUCAUAGAUCUACUCAAUGUUUACUUAGAGAACUCACAGAUAGCUAGACGCAUUCUUCACUACUCCGCUAAAACUAUGCUAGAUAUUGCCAUUUCGAGUAAUUUUGGUCCUGAUGUUCGUGUACAGAUUCUUAGAUUCUUCAACGAUUUCUUUUCAAGCAGUGACAAGGCACUCAGGAAAAGAGUAAGUGAAGGAUUAGUAGAAUAUCUACCAGGAUUAGUUCAUUACUUGAAUAUGUGCGGAGACUUCUUAACCCAAGGAUCUGUUCUAGAAACUAUAUUCAGGAUAUGUAACUGCCUGAACCUGGAGACCUUAUCCCGAGAUAUAUUUCCGGAUCAAGGUCUUAGAUCCCUCUUUGUCAAGUUGAAGGAUUUUGAUCCAGUUGCAAGAGUAUUAUUGAAUUUAUUAAAUGGAAUGAUGGGAGCAGGAUGUUUGGUUCAUUCUCUCCCUGCUCUCAAAUGUACUGUCGGAGAUAUACAGAUAUUCAGUCCACCGGAGUAUUCGCAUUUCUGGGUUGAUUUCUCCCUCAGGUCUGGUGUACUCUCCAUCAACUAUGUAAGGGAGAAGGACGAAUCGAAUUUGCAGUGGGAAUGUCUAGCUUUGGAAAAACAAUCUGUUAUUAAGGUGACUGUGUUUAAGAAAGGACCUGGAAUAACACUAAGGAUUGAAGUAGAUGCCCUGGAGUGUAUGAUACAGGAUGCUCGGUCGGAUAUUAUCCUUCUUGUCCUACAGGAGAAUAGUAUCCUGGAGAAGAUACUCCGGGCUCUAUAUCCUGGUAAACUACUUUUUAAUGGAGAGGAGAGAAGACCAGUCCUGGAUACAGGCGGAGUCUAUGUCACCGCGGGACUCAUCAAAACUCCACAGAAGUCUCAAAUGGCGUUGAGAGUACAACCAAGGGAAAUAUCUCCGGUGAAAUGUGUGGCCGAAACAUCAGACGAUAGUGAUGCUCUUCCGUGCGCUCAGAAGAAAACUUGUUUCUCCUCUUCAAAUGAAUCGUCCAUUCCUAACGCUAGAUCGGUCAUCCCUGCCGCCGAAUCGGCCGGAAAUGCCAAUAAACCGUCUGGAACUGAUGUGUCUAGAGCAUCCUUGUUCAAGAUUUUGAACCUCUCUGUAGUUGCUCAACAGGAAGUAGAAGCAGUUCCGAAGGGUAAAGGAUCGAAAUGUUCCUUUUUAAGCCUGAACUCUGGUCCUGUCUAUCCUCCUACAUCUUCACCAAUGGUUGUCAAGGUUUCAGAAAUCAAAACUGUUCCUAUACCUCUGGAGGGGUCAUCACCUUUUCCUAAUUCUACUCAACCCAACCUUUCUCCACCCCCUCUACAAACCAGGGAGAGAAAAACAGCUGGAUUUGCCUCAGGAAUCAUAUUAACGCCUAAACCAAAUCCUUGGGAGAAAGGAUUUAAUGAAAGGACAGAUAAAACACAAGCAAUGAAAGAGGGAAAAUCCAAAUAUCAAGUUCUUCCAGGGGAAUUAAAUUCUGGAGCAAAGAUGUCUGAAGUAGACAAGAGAUCGAAAGGAAAGGCAUCUUUAUUUAACAUGAAUUCAGUACCUAGAUCUUUUCCAGCAGUGAGAGAUGCGAAUAGUGUUAGAGAUAGAGCUUUGCCAGCUGAAAUUAAUACAGGAGCAACAUCUUUGUCAGCUGAGAAGGAUACAGGAGCUAGAGCUUUGUCAGCUGAAAAGAAUAAAGGAGCAACAUCUUUGCCAGCUGAAACUAAUACAAGAGCAACAUAUUUGUCAGUUGAGAAGAAUAAAGGAGCUAGAUCUUUGUCAGCUGAGAAGAAUAAAGGAGCUACAGCUUUGUCAGCUGAGAAGAAUAAAGGGGAUAGAGCUUUGUCAGCUGAGAAGAAUAAAGGAGCUAGAGCUUUGUCAGUUGAGAAGAAUAAAGGAGCUAGAUCUUUGUCAGCUAAGAAGAAUAAAGGGGAUAGAGCUUUUUUAGCUGAGAAGAACAAAGGAGCUACAGCUUUGUCAACUGAAACUAAUACAAAAGCAACAUAUUUGUCAGUUGAGAAAAAUAAGGGAGCUAGAUCAUUGUCAGCUGAGAAGAAUAAAGGAGCUACAGCUUUGUCAGCUGUGAAGAACACAGGAGCUAGAGCUUUGUCAGCUGAGAAGAAUAAAGGAGCAUCAUCUUUGUCAGCUGAGAAGAAUAAAAGGGCUAGAGCUUUGUCACCUGAGAAGAAUAAAGGAUCUAGAUCUUUGUCAGCCGCAAAGAAUAAAGGGGAUAGAGCUUUGUUAGCUGAGAUGAAUACAGAAGCUAGAGCUUUGCCGUCUGAAAAGAAUGCAGGAGCAAGUGCUUUGACAUCAAAAAAGAAUUAUUCUGAAACAAACGAUAUUUCAUCAUCAUCUCAGAAAAGUGUAGAUGCAUCACUUACAGUUAAUAGAUCAGGAGAAAAAGCUUGUAAACAGAAGAAUUCCGGAUCAAUGACUCCGCCUGCUGAAAGGAAUGAAGGAAUAUUAGAUGAUAGAUCUCUAAUAGUGGAUAGUCUACUAUACACUAGAGAUCUGCCAGAGAAUCUUGGUGCUAGACCAAAGCAAAGGCUUCACCCAGCCUCUGUUAUGGAUCUAGGUUUGAAACCAUUUGAGAAGAAAAACAAUAAAAGAACUGUACAGGAGAAAGUUAUGAAAUUCGUGAAGAAGAAACCAACCCAACCAUCAGGAGAAAUCACAAGUCCUCCUCCGUCCGGAGACUUUAACCUAGCAAGCAAUCCCUUUAUUAACGCGUCCAAGCUUACUAAGAGCGGAGGAAGAAUUCGAGCAACAAGAUUUACAAGAAAAGCUGGGAAAAUGAAAUGUCUUAGUUCUAAACGAAUCCUAGAUUUCAAUUCUCCGCCGACCCUAGAUCUUGAGGAGGAAUCCAGGAACACUUGUUCUCCGAAUAUCUGUAAUGAAACUCCAGUUAAAGACAAGUACAGGAGAACAACGCCAUCAUCAAGAACCAGAGCGAUGAGAAGGAAGAAAAGAACUUGGACCCCAGUCUAUUCAACUGAAGCCCUUGGCUUUGACGGAGAAGAACCUAGAGGCUUUGAUCGAUCCGUAAAUAGGUCCAUUGAUAAUGAAAGUUUUCUACAUAAUGAUGAUCUAGACGCACUCUCCGAAUCUCUAGGAAAUUCAAGUAGGAAUAAGAAGAGUUCUUUACAAGGCAUUCAGAAAACUCUUAACUUCGAAGAUGAAGAAGAAUUUAAAGACCUUGAAGACUCCCAAUCAUGUAUUGAGGAAAAGGAUGAAGUUGCAGAAAAUAAAGCUGGAGAUCUUGUGAUAAGUCAAUCUGAAGACAGCAGUAAAGGAAAGAAAAGAACUGGAAAAACUCCUGUUUGUUUAAAGAAAACUCUUAACCUUGAUGAAGAUUAUGUAAUGGAGGAUGAAAGUAAGAAAAGUUAUAAUAGUAUUGCAUUGGCAGAUCUUUCUUACAAUGAGUCGGAAGAGUCGAAAGAAAGUGCCAGAUUUCAAUCAAACCAUGUUCAGCUAGACAAAGGAGCAGCCAGCAGUACUCAAUCAACUAUUAUGGAAGAGUCCCAUCCUAUACUAAAGCAAGAUAAAUCAGAAACUAAAAAGAAGGAAGAGAUCUCAGGCUUGUACUCAGGAACACAAGAUCAACAUCAUCUUCAUCCUCAACUAAUUCAGGAUUAUGAAAAAGGUUUGGGAUCAGAUCGUGUAGAAGAGGGGGACGUAGAUCUCAAGGAAAAUCAGAAGAUCAAGGAGAACAAUCAAUUGUUUCCUGAAGAGAUGUUGGAUCAAGAUCCGAAAGACUUCUCAGUUACUGAACCAGGAGAUGUUUUAACUGAAUCUAAUGAUGUUUUGGAGGAAAUCCAAUCCUACUCUCAAUCUGGAAACAAGAAGAAUAAAAAUGAAGAGGAAGACAGAACGAAGCAAGACACGACAAGGAAAGGGAUACAGAAUAAAACAGAGAGUAAAGAAGUUCGGAAACUGGACCAGAAAAAGAAGAAAGCAGAACUACUUCUUAAAGAUUGGGGGUUUGAUGAAUCUCCACACACAGAAACUAAGAAAACAGCGGGCACAGAGUUCCAAGUCAACAAGAAGACGGAUCCAACCAUUCCAACUGCAAAGUCUCUAGUAGAAACAGUGCUGCAUCAAACUCCUUCCAUCAGGAACUCAGCUAGCUCAGAAAAUAUCAAGGUGAUAUCUCCUGAACAGAAACGGACUAACAAUCAAGUACAAUACGGGACAAAGAAGAAACCUGAACCAAGGGCCAAGAAGCGCUCAUUUAUUCAGCCUCGACAGCAUUCGUUUUUAAAGGAUAUGAAGGCAAGAGCUAAAAAGCAACAGAAACCCGCCAUCCAAACUGAAGGGAAAAAGAAAACUAACUCUAAAAAGUGUGUUUAUGAUAUUUCUUCCUCCCCUCCUCCCUUCAAAUACCAGAGAUUAACCUAUGGACGCAAACCAAAGAAGAAACACAGCGGGAAUAUAUUCUCUGAUGAUGAGGAUUCGCCGGUUGAUAUUAAUGAGGAACUCAGGUUUGACUGGGAGGUCCCAAAGUUCCGCGGGAAGUGUCAGAUUCGGAAGAAGAACGAGAUCAAUGAUGGAGGAAAAGGAAGGAUUGCUAGGAAACCUCUAAGGAAUCAAUCGUUCCAAGGAGAUACAGAGAUAUUAAGAUCUGAUCCUAUCUCUGAUCUAGCCGAGAUCUCAAGUAUGGCUGAUAUCGGAUCAAGAGAAGAUAUAAUUGAACAAUUCUCGGAGGAAGAAGUUAACAUAAAACUGUCUGAGAAGAAAGGAAAGAUGAGAUCUAAACAUCAAGGUUCUGAUCUAUUCUCUGGAUCUAAGAUAUCAGGAGAUGACUUAUCCUCUGGAUCUAGGAUUCAACAAGUUAAUCCGUCAACAGAUCAGAGUUUGCCUCUUUUCUGUUUAUCCACAGCACUACAGUGCGCCAGGUUUGCGAGAGAGCAUGAAAAGAAUUCAACCUCUGAAGAUCUGGCUCCGCUCUGGGAGGAAUUGAAGCAUCUGUUGGCUCAGAACAGAUAUUAAGCUUCAAACACUGUAACAUCAAGCAAUUGCGGUGGACGUGGAAUGCAAUAUUAAAUUUUGGCGUAUUUUGGAAAUUUUCAGUGGAACAGUAAUUUUUUUAGACGGUUAAAAAUUAGGUUGAUGAACUUGUAAUGAAAUUGUAUCUUUUGUUUUAAGACCUUUAAAAUGUAUAUGUAAAAUUAUUAGAUUUCGGAUAAAAUUAUAAUAUGUAAUAUGUAAUAAUAUUAGUAUAUCUAGCUGUUAAUAGUCGUUUAUUCUUGUUAAAAUCCUUGUAUGUAAUAAAUAGAUAAUGUACAAUUCCAACCUGUCAAACUGUUAUGUAUCGCUGAUAUACGCCUUUAAGAGACUGUCACAAUUUUGAAUAUUGUCUAAACGAGACGACAAGAGUUUUCCAAGUAUGUUUUGGCCAUAUUUUAGUCACAAAGUAGCUAGAAAUUUAGAUUUUAGCUUUAUUUCAGCACUGGUUUCAACUAUUUAAACAUUUUGCUUAAGGUUAACAAUUUGUUGAUUCGAAAAAAACAUGUCUAAAUUUUGUCAGUAUGGUAAUUGUGCAUGGGAAAGUAUAAUUGGAUCGGUUUGUAUAAGAUUUUUCCUCUUGCACAUUUUCUAUUAAUAUUUUAUAGA